AUGAUGACAAUACAGCCAAAACAAAAUGCAGCGCUUAAAUGGAUCUUAAGAAUUAUCGGUUUUAUUUGGAUGUUUCUUACGGCUUGUUUCGCCAUUCUUAAUAUAUUCGUAUUUGUUCAACCACAAUGGAUUGGUGAUACUCUAGCAAGUCCACGCGCUGGCCAUUUCGGUCUAUAUUCAUAUUGUAUAAGUACAAUCACAGAUUUUGAAUUCGAUUGUCAAGGAGCAUGGACUAAUUUUGGAACAAUUCUUAAUGUACCAUUUGCUAUCGCAACAUUUUUUGUUGGCUUCUCUGCACUACUUAUUCUUUUAUGUCUUGUAUUGUUUAUACUGUUCAUAUUCGUCCGUCCACGUUUGGUCUAUUUCAUAGCUGCAAUAAUACAAUUUAUUUGUUCGAUUUGUUUACUGAUUGCUCUUAUAGUUUAUCCGUUCGGUUUUGAUAGUGAAAAAAUUCGAAUAGUAUGUGGUUCUAAUGUCAAUGAUUUUAAUCUUGGUACGUGUCAAAUUCGUUGGGCAUAUAUAUUAGCUGUAAUUGCAUUAUUUAAUGUAUCGGUACUUGCAUUACUUGGAUUUUUUCUUGGUAUGAAACAACCAAAACAUGAAACUAUGAGAGAAGUUAUUAAUCCAAAUCAUGCGAUAUCGAAAUAUGGUGAACUUCAUGAAGCUAUGGAAGAUCGAACGUUUUCUGAGCAAACAAUUCCAACAACUUUACAACGACGUUGA